UUGCCUGGUGUCAUCGUCAUCGUCACGUUAGUGGAAGGAGACGAAAAUCGGAAAAGGGCGCGAGCAAGAAGAAAGAAGAAGACGACGAAGAAGAACAAGAACAAGCCCGCUGUUCCUGCCUGCGACCGCUUCUGCGAGGAUUCCAAUGGAGCCCAGACGCAGUUCGCCCGAAUUGGGGUCUAUACCUCCGCGAAGCAUCUCUGCAAUGCGCCCGCUGCCAAUGAAGUUCGGUACGCUGUACCAGUCUCAGCGGCAUAUCCUCUCGAGUCCGCCCCCGCCUCCUGAGCGCCCCAAACUGGGAACAAAGGCCACCGUGGUGGCCGCGCUGCUGGCAGUCGCAGUCGCAGUCUGCGUCGUGUCCGCCGUCGCUGUCCCAAUCGCACGGCGCAUGCGGCGAGCUGCCCAGCUCGUCGGUCUGUGCGACACCACGGCGUGCACCUCGUACGCUCGCAUGGUGGCGCAAAGCACGUCGGGAUCGGUCAACCCGUGCCACAACUUCUACCGCUUCGUCUGCGAAGGCUACGCCAACUCGUCGCGCUCGGUGUUCCGGGACCACGUGGACACCUUCACGAGCCUCGUGUCACGCUCGCUGCGCACAGCCGUGGCGCCGGGGUCGGCGCAGAGCGCCUUCGAAAAGGCCGCCGUCUUCUACCAGUCGUGCGUCGCCGUGGUCGCCGAAGGGACAAACCAGUUCGACCAGUUCAGAGGUAUCAUGGAAGACGCCGGUAUCAUGUGGCCCCGAGUCGCGCAGACACCCGAGCUUAUGGCCUCGAUGCUCAAGAUGGCCAUCACCUUGAACCUUUUCACCAUAGUGUUCUUCGCUGCCGAUAGCGACGUCGGAAAGUGCCGCAUCGAGAUCUGGAAGGGAGACAUCCUGGAAUACAUGAAGCGACGUCGCCGCGAGCUCGAGGCCGUCGGCAAGUACGAGAUGUACUACGAAUCUUUCUCCCGUAUCUUCGGUGUCGACGAUGAGAGCGCAAUUUCUACAAACAGCAAGAGUGGCGACGCCCCUGUUCCUUCCAGAAACGCAUCGCUGAACUUCGAGCAAUUCCUCCAGACCGAGAACGUCGUCUUCCACUACCUUACUGGCCGCAAGCAGUCUGUGAAGGCAGUCUUCGACAACAUCGCGAAGCUGCAUCGCGUAUCGCCGUCUAUUUCGGCGUGGCGCUGGGCAGACGUGUUUAGGCAAAUGAUGGGGAUGCCCUCCGCACAGAUGCACAAUGCGUCAUCGCUGAUCCUGCCAUGCUCGCAGGAGAUCACAGUUUGGGACUUGCAGUAUCUUCGCUCUCUAGACGACGCUCUGCUUGCGGUGGGCUGGCACCAGCUUCAUUUCUACUACGGAUGGACCGUCGUUCAAGUUCUGGCGCGCUUCAUGUCCUACGGCCUCUCUGUCAUGAGCCAUGGGAGCGUCAAAGCAGCGCGAGAUGAGUCACCGCUCCACUGCCUGAGGCUCACCGAGAGCACCAUGGGACUGGUGGUGUACCAGCGCUACGCGGCCACCGAUUUCAACAGAGACACGCGACUGGAGUUGCACGAGAUGGUGAACGUGGUGUACGCCGCGCUUUUGCGCAUGCUGCAGGCCAACCCGGAUCUGGACGUGCGCGAGACGUCGAUAGACCUGCGACUGCUUGAGAGCACGCUUCUUCCCAAGUUCGAGAUAAUCGAGAACCAAGCGAAGCUGGACAGACUGUUCGCCGAUGUCCCCGCCAUGGCGAAAGACUCGUUCGCACAGAACUGGCAACAAGUCCAGCAGGCGCUGCGGCGCAUGAGUCCCGCGGUGCGACAGGCUACCCGAUCGUUCUAUCUGUCAGCCACCGCGACGGCCAGCGGGUACUCGAUUCACCGAGCGAGCGACAGAAGAGAGCUGGGCCUAGCACCUUAUGUGUCCCUUUUACCAUUGUAUGACCUUCAGGUGGCGGACAGCGUCAAGUACGGCGGCCUGGGCUUCAUGAUCGCGGAGGCCACUUUCCAAUUCUUCCAGGAGCACCUGCCCGAGCAGAGCCGCUUCCGCUCUCUGCUCGAGCAGCGCACCCGCUGCUACGAGAACAGCGGUGCGCUGCGCGGACUCAAGGCAGACCCCACCAAGCACGCCGCCUUCGAGCGCGCCGUCGCCCUGUCGUUCCUGUGGCAGGCGUUCCGGUCUCCCCUGCGGCGCCGCGACCCUCGCUGGCGCUUGCACGGCCUCGGCUCCUUCUCCGAGGAGCAGCUCUUCUUCGUGGCCACCUGCUUCCCGCUCUGCGCCGGACACCAGAGCGUAGCGGCCGAGAUGGAGUGCAACGAGCCGCUCAGGCACAACCGGUACUUCCCGGGCGCCUUCCGAUGCCCCGGCGGGGCUCCCAUGAACCCGCGACUCAAGUGCAGUGCUUUCUACUGA